AUCCAUAGCAUAGUGUUGAGAGCUUGUAGUCUAUUCUAGGUUUAACUGGUAGCCAGUAAAGAGAGUGAAGAAGUGGUGUGACCUGCUUACAUUUGCAAGUCCGGAAAACAAGACGAGCAGCUGAGUUCUGGACUUUCUGAAACUUGUGGAUGAGGUGCUGUGGACAUCCAGGAAGAAGAGAGUUGCAGUAGUCUAGUUUAGACAGAACAAAUGAGUUGAUGAGAAUUUUGGUCGUUGAGAUGGACAGAGUGUGACGAAUGGAGCUGAUCUUCCGGAGCUCAUAGUAUGUGUGUGUAUGUAGGGUGAGAAGGGGUGAAAUGUUACCCACAGACGAAGGCUGCAGUACCUUGCGUUCUACAUUCUUGGUUUUAAUGGAUGCUCUAAAAUCUGCAUAAGCAGUUUCCGCUCCCCCACCCUGCCCAAAGUGACAAGUUCAAACAGACGACACGAUGACUCGUCACACCUCAUGCGUGCCUCUAAUAAACAUUUGAGCCGUGAGAGGCGCGGCGCAAGCACAGGACACUUGCACACACAGGACCAGAGAAACCAACCAGUGAGGCUUGCUGAGAACUCUCACUUUAGUCAACCUGCCUCCACUCCAAUGACGAGCAUAAUCAGCGAAUGAAAAAGAAUGCAGUUUGGGGUGACGUUAAUUGUGUAUCCAAGUGUUUUGAUAACCGACAUAAAAUUGCGCUUAGUGUAAAAAAAAAAAAAGAGUCCUCUAUCUGCAAGGAAGACAGAGUACGGUUCUUGGAAAAAUUUCGUCUGGAAAAUCCUUGAGAAGUUACCCACGUUUACUCCAAGUCAGAACUCUUUCGCAGUCGCCUCAGCUCAGCGGUUGUUGUGGAAAAAGUUUGCUACGCGGACAUCGCAGUUAGCUUGUUUGUAGGUCCAGGUGUCGUCUGCUGGAGGCAAUGGCGGGCGAUUACAGCAUCAACACAGGUCGCGUACGCACCUUCGGGCCGGUGGAUUACACGCUCUUCGUCCUCACCCUGCUGAUAUCAGCGGGAAUUGGCAUCUUCUACGCUAUCCGGGACCGGAAGCGGAACACGACUGAAGAGUUUUUGUUUGGCGGCAAGAAGAUGGCCGUCUUUCCAGUCGCCAUGUCUUUGAUGGUGACCUUCAUGUCUGCCCUGACGUUGCUGGGCAACCCUGCAGAGAUUUACAACUACAACACUAUGUGGUGGUACCUCGUCGUGGCUUUCAUCUUCGCCAUUGCCGGGGCCUGUCGCAUCUUCAUCCCGUUCUUCUUUAACCUUGGCAUCACCAGCACUUUUGAGUACCUGGAAAUGCGCUUCGACAAGAAAGUGAGACUAUUGGCUUCAAGUCUUCUUAUAUUUCAAACGUUGGUGUAUAUGGCAUUUUUGCUGUAUGCUCCAUCCCUUGCUUUAAAUGCAGUCACAGGGCUUCAUCUCUGGGGCUCUGUUAUCGGCAUGGGGUUUGUUGUGACCUUCUACACGACUCUGGGCGGGAUGAAGGCGGUGCUGUGGACAGACACCUUUCAGGCCGGGGUCAUCUUUGCUGGUCUGCUGGCGGUACUCAUCCAAGGUUCUAUCGUCAUGGGCGGCUUCGGCAACGCCUGGCUCAUCGCUAGCAACCGCUCCAGAAUCGUCUUUGACGAAUUUGACUUUGACCCCAAGACUCGACACACGGUAUGGUCAAUGGUUGUUGGCGGUCUCUUCUUCUGGGUCUACCUGUACGGCAUUAACCAGGCACAAGUACAGCGCUGCCUGUCUUGCCCUAGCGUCAAGAAAGCCCAGAUGGCUAUGCUCCUAAACAUGCCGGGACUGAUUCUCAUCGUCAGUUUCUGUUGUAUGAUCGGCAUCGAAAUGUUCGCCUUCUACGCCGACUGCCACCCGAUUACGUUUGGCCUCGUCACAAAAACUGACCAGCUCAUCCCACUUUUUGUGAUGGACAUCUUGGGACACGUUGACGGCCUUCCUGGCGUAUUUUUGUCCUGCAUCGUCAGUGGCAGCUUGAGUUCGUUGUCGUCGGGACUGAAUGCCCUGGGAGCAGUUACAUUUAGUGACGUCAUGCAGACCAGCCGCUGCUGUAAAAACGUUUCUGAAUUCCACUCCGCCAUGAUCUCAAAAUUACUCGUGGGUUUCUAUGGAUUGUUAGCCAUCGCUCUUGCGUGGGUUGUCUCGCAUCUGGGCUCCGUGCUUGAGGCAAUUUACGUAGUGUUUGGAAUACUCAAUGGCCCUGUGCUGGGGGUUAUCACAUUUGGGAUGUUUUUCCCUUGGGGCAACAAGUGGGGCGCUUUCUUCGGGACCAUGACCUCUCUGGUACUACUGCUGUGGAUAGGACUGGGGGCCUUCUUUAAUGACAUCAAAACACCGCUGUCGGCGACAAGCACCACGGCCUGCAACUGGACGGCCAAGACAGGCAUCACAGAGCCGAAUGUCAAUCUGACCCUCCUAACCACCGCCGCCAUCCCCACGACUACAGUGAGCCAUUCGUCUUCCACUGGAGUGCUGGAGCCGCUGUACCAAAUGUCAUACAUGUGGUACACGGGACUGGGCAUGAUCUUGGUGUGGGGGCCUGGCAUUGUCAUCAGCUUCUUAACGGGCUCCACUAAACCGACCUCAAUUGAUCCCCGUUUGAUCUGCCCCAUCUUCGAUAAGCUCUUUCCCUAUCUUCCCGAGAAGAUUCUCAAGCCCCUUCGCUUUGGCAUCGUGCACAAAGGGAAAUAUGACUGGACAAUAUCGAAGGGCACCAUCUGCAUUAUACAACCUGCGUCUGCUUCUUCAUUCAAUAACAAUUCUGGAGUCACAUCAGUCGGGAAAGAACCAGAUUGUGUCAACACAUUCGCCAGACCUAUUCAACAGGAAGAGGACGUACCGAAAAAGAAAAUAAAGAUUGGAGAUGGAAAUAUUAAUGAGGCGUUUUCACCUGGAGAAAUUUUUGAAAACGGAGUACUACACACUCAGCUGUAAACAGUUUCCCCUGGUAGAUGUUCUAUUCCUUACAUUAGAACUGGGCUUUUUUACCAUAGACUGAUACCGGCAAUUUUGCCUAGAAAACAAAAAUAGCUAGUGUUUCAUUGUGCUCACUAUGCUUGCACGCGAGACCGGGAGGCAUUCUUAAAUAUCAGGUGUUAUUCUUUACAAAUUUUGGAAAAUGGAAAAUCCACUUACAACCAAAUCUUUAUGUCCAGACCAAGAAACAUACGCUUAUUUUCUUUGGCACAUAUUUUUGCCACGUGCGCACCAAUGGGCGUUCAAUUAGUAUAAUGGAUAUCUUGCCCAUCUUGUUUUAUGUUCAAACCUGGGAUCUGACUCCUGAAGUAUAGUCUGCUUCUUAAUUCGG